AUGUCAGAUGCUGGCACGCUGCAAGUUCUCACGCCUGGUACAGGCUACGGGCUUGUUGUUGGGUUAGGUGUCGCCUUCACGGUGAUCAUGAUAUUUCUGACAUCGCUUCAAAAUCGAUACGGCAGACACAACACAUUCAAGUCAACCGAGGAAUUUAAUGCUGCCUCACGAUCGAUCAAACCAGGCAUGAUUGCUGCCGGAAUCGUGUCUAGCUGGACCCACGCCACGACUCUACUGACUUCGUGUAUGCUAGCAUAUCUAUAUGGUGUCUCCGGUGGACUGUGGUACGGGGCAGUCGGUACUUUCCAGACUAUGCUAUUUGCUGUCACUGCCUUUCGCAUAAAGGAACGCUCCAACAAUGCGCACACAUUUCCUGAAAUCGUAUUGGCAAAGCACGGAAAGCUGGCCCACAAGAUCUACACCGUGUUUGGACUCAUCACUAAUGUGAUCAACGGAUCGGCACUGCUAACUGGCGGUUGCGGCGUUUUCAACGCCUUGACGGGGAUGAAUAUAUGGGCGUCUUAUUUUAUUCUCAUCGUUGUAGUAGAAGCAUAUAUAGUGACUGGUGGGCUGCGGUCAACAUUUAUAUGCGACUACCUGCAUACAGUGGUCCUGUACGUGAUCAUCUUCAUCUUCAUGUUCUCCGUCUAUACAGCGUCACCUCACAUAGGGUCUCCCGAAGCGCUUUAUGAUCUGCUCGUGGAGCAAUCAGGGAAUGGGCACGCUGCAGGAACUGAAAACGGCUCUUACUUUACUGUCCGCUCGCGAGACAGCCUGGUAUUCGGUGCAACCAUCUUUCUGGCGGGCUUUUCUGGCGUCUGGACCGACCAAGCAUACUGGCAGAGAGCCAUUGCUUCAGCUCCCCACACGGCUGUGAAGGGCUAUGUUCUGGGGAGCUUGGCAUGGUAUGCAGUGCCGUUUGCCAUGUCCACCUGUAUGGGCCUGGCCGCUGCAGCUCUCCAGGGUUCCGAUGUAUUCCCCGUCACCCUGUCGGACGCCGAUGUCAGCGCCGGACUUGUCGCCCCAGCCGCUGCCAUUGCGCUUCUGGGCAAGUCGGGGGCGUGCCUCAUUAUUGUGCUCUUGUUCAUGGCCGUCACCUCGUCAACAUCCGCGGAAAGCAUUGGCGCUAGCUCGCUGAUCACCUUUGACAUUUACAAGGCCUAUAUCAAUCCCGCGGCAUCAACCCGUCGCCUUCUCUGGGUCUCUAUAUUCGGUCUCUUUGCAUAUGGAGUUGUCCUGGCCAUUGUGUCGUGCAUAUUUCACGCGGCUGGCAUAUCACUUGGCUGGCUGGUCAAGAUUUUCGGGUGUCUCAUGGGGGGAGGCUCUUUUCCUAUAGCUGCAGUUGUGCUCUGGGAUAGGACAAGCACUUUUGCCGCCCAGGCGAGUCCCAUCUUGGGCCUCGUUAGUGGGCUGUCUGCCUGGAUGGUGACAACCAAGGUGCGCUCUGGCACGAUCAGUGUCGCAACCACGGGAGACUCGUUCAACUCACUUGCUGGAGACUGCGUCAGUUUAGGCGUCGGGCUCGUCUCGGUAGUGCUACUCACGUUUCUAUCUCCCGAGAAAAGGCCCCAUGCCAAAGACGUCGGGCGCGUGGAGAGUAUGGAACCGAGCUCGGUCCAGAGUGCUGAGGGGGUCGUCGUGCCCGUGGUACAGGAGGAUAAAACCGAGGCCGUCUCUCAGCCUGAUGUGGAGGCAAACAUUGUAGAGAAACGCUUUUCAACCGAGCCCUACGUACCUGUUUCUGCCUUGAGUAAGGACGAAGUCAAGGCGCAAAAGCGGCUGGCUCUGGGUGGCCUAGCCUUCAACACCAUUGGUUUGAUGAUAUUAUUGCCAUUCACUCUGUAUGGGACCGGUUAUACUUUCAGUCUCGGAUUCUUCAAGGCCUAUGUGGUAGUAGCAUUCUUGUGGAUUUGGACCAGUGCAUUCAUCUGUGUCCUCAUGCCAAUAUGGGAAGCCAGAAAGGAUUGGACGGGGACGUGCAAGGCGAUUUUCAGGAACGCCACAUGA